AUGCGAAAGUCCAUAUGUGGAUCACUGAAACAUCUUGGCUCUGAUCUUUACAGCUCAUCAGUGCAUUUUCUCCAUGAAUUGAUCCAAAAUGCUGAAGAUAAUACUUAUGAUUGUACUAUUGUUCCAUGUUUACGUAUUGAACUUAAUCAUGAUUAUAUUCUUUUGUCCAAUAAUGAACAAGGUCUUCGAGCAACAGAUGUUUUAGCUAUUUGUAGUUUGGCUGUUAGUACGAAAAACAUUGAACAGAAGCAUAUUGGUGAAAAAGGUGUUGGAUUCAAAUCAGUCUUUGCUGCUUCUGAUCAACCGAUGCUGAUUUCACACGCUUGGAAAUUUUAUUUCAAGGUACCAGGUGUUGAUGCCAUGUCCUACAUUACCCCAUUAUGGGUCGAGAAUAUCCCCGAAUGUAUUUCUAGUCAGAUUUCUACUAAUAAUCAAAAUACCCAUCUCUAUUUACCACUUAAAUUGCAAGCGCAUACACCAGCUGCUAAUCAGUUUCUUAAUGAUGUAGCUAGAGCGGUAGAUCCUUGCAUUUUACUCAACAUGAGACAGCUAAAAAAACUUGAAAUCGUAGAUCGACGAGAAGAGAAAAUUAUCAUCAUUGAAAAACAAGCCAUUGGUCCAACAAAAUUAGACAUUCAACCCAAUGUGAUAUUUGAAAAUUGUAAUUUUAUGAACUUAACUGGAUCGAUAAAUCAACUAUGUACCUUAACAGGCUAUAACACUUUUCGAGUGUAUGCAUGUAAUGUAGAUGUACCAAGUUCAAUUGAACAACGACGAACUCCAACAACAUUACUUAUUAUGGCAUUUCCUUGUGAAAAGGAUUAUUAUUUAACAAGAAAUGUGUACACUGGCUUGCCGGUUUGUGAUCUUGGAUUCAAUUUCAUGUUCAAUGCUGAUUUUCACUUGGUCACAAGUCGAGAAAAUGUUCGUGAAAAUGUUCAAUUUAAUGCUUAUCUUCGUGAUAAUCUAGCAGUUCUUUUCGUCUAUCUGAUACUAAAUGAUUCCGAUUUGAGAAAAGAUAUUAGUCGAUACUGCCCAUCAUCCGAUACUCAUCAAGUCAAACAUUCGUCAUGGUGGCUCGUUAUGAUAGAUCGUAUCAAUGCACUAAUUACUAAAUAUCUUUCGGUACUAUUUGAUAUUAAAACAGGGAAGCUGAUUCGUCAUGUCAAUUCAGAAUUAACUUCGCUGAUAUCUAAUGAACAGUUAUAUAAUUGUGCAAAUAUUCAAGUAAUCGAUUCCAGCGAUGGUUUCUUGACACAGAAACGCUUAAAGUCAUUUCAAAUUCAAUCGGUUUCUAUCAAAGAUGUGCUUGAGUGUUUUCCAAAUUGUGAUGAUCCAACGAAUGAAUUUCGUCAUGAGUUUCGAUUAUGGACACAAAAACAAGAUGAACGUUGGUGGACUCAAUUCUUCCAUCAUCUAUUGAGAGCGAUGACACCAGAAAUAUCAGCUACAAUGCUACUGAAACCAAUAUUUAUCUUUCAAUAUGGUUCCAAAAGACAAUAUUUGCCAAGAAUGAAUGAUACGUCUUUACUUCUUUUUAUAAAUGAUGAUCUAUCCAUUCGAAUGUGGAAACGGCAAAUAACUCUUUUACGAUGUACAUCGCAACAUGAAAGAAAUGCCCUUCUCAAUUCAAAUAAAGCACAACUUUUGACAGAAAAACGAUUGAUUGAAAUUAUUCUUCAUCAUCAUUUACAGUUAGCUCGUUCAUUGAAAAUAAUCUCUGUGGACACAGAACUUAUCAAUGAAUUGUGGCAAGAUUUAUUUUAUUUACGAUCUCGUCUUGAUAGAUUUGACAAAUCAACUCCACUUCUAGUGCCUAUCAAUGGAACAUUGAGUAUUACCUUGAUUCAGAAUACAAUUUUACCGACACUAUUCGGUGUAGAUAUUCGAUCAUUCAUACCACGGGCAACAUCACCGUUUAUUCAUCAUCCUUACUAUGACACACAUGAGAGCCAACUAAUAAAUCAUCUUCAAUGGGAAUAUUUUUUUCUUGAAAUGAAUUGCCAUCGACCAUCUAUUCAACUUGCUAAAGACUAUACAGUCGAUCAAUUACCUCUGUUACCGUCGUUUACUAUGCUAACAGAUGAGAAAUGGACUCGAUUAAGUGAAUCAAUCCUCUUGGCUCAAACACAAACCACUCAAGCAUGUCUUCAUCAGUUUCCUAUCGUAAGUGAGUCCAAUACUGAACAACAGAUCAGUCCAAUAUCAGCUACUUUUGAUGAAACUAUGGUUCCUGAUUUACCAUCAUUACCUCACAUUACUGUCCCAUCCUACUGCCGUUCAUUAGCUAGCAAAUUCGGUGUUUGUGCUGAGUAUGACCUACGCACAUGUGUAACAAUUCUGCAAUUGUUAAGCAACGAAAAGAAUACUAAUAUUGAUUUAUACAUUCAAUGGUUAGGACAUUUACAAUUAUACGUCCGUCAUCAAUAUGAUACAAUCGAUCCUACUGGUCUACUCUCAUCGUGUCGUUUAUACCUCCCAGAUCAAAACCAAUUCUAUUCAUUAAGAAACCUCUUAGUCAUGUCUGAUAAUAAUCAACAUCGUCAAGCUAUUUUAUUAGUUUGUAAAUAUCGCAAAUUACAAAUAAUCUCACCAUCGAUCAAUCAAAUAUAUUGGCAGUUCAAGGAUCUUUUUCGUAUGUUAGGUUGUCAAUGUGUAGUGAGUAUAUCAGACAUGUAUUCGACAAUUUAUUCCGCACAUUAUGAUAAAAAUAAUUUCUAUGAUUUGGGUGAUGGUGAAACAAUUCUGACCGAGAAUGGAAUUGAAAAUAUGAUAUCUCUAUUUCAAUAUUUUGAAAGUUUAAUCAUAAUAUGUGUUACUGAGCAUGGCGCUGAUACUGAUUUAUAUCAAGCCAUUGUCACGAACAAACAUCAGACAGCACCAUGUGGUAGCCGAGAAGAUCUUGAAUGGCGUUUCUCUUUUAGUUGUAAUAAACUAUCAAUACAAUUGAAAAAAAUAACUGGUAUACAGGAUCAGCAUAUAACGACAUUUCUUCUCACCAUUGAUCGAAAGCUUAUUUCAACGAAGUCCGAUCAUAUUAUUUAUGCAUGUUUAGAAACGAAAAUCAUUCAAAAUUUAUCCAGAGAUUUUGGUAAACGUUAUUUUGUUUCACCAGUCAUUACUCGAACAUGUCCGUUGGUCUUGGCUGCAUUCGAGAUAGAUUAUGUCGAACGGCGUGGAAAAGUUAAAUGGACGCAUAUAAAUCAUAAUUUGGAAUUUCGUCUUGAACAAUUGACACAAAUCUUUCAGAAUGCUCUGGGUGAUAGACAACUCGAAGUAGCUAUUGCAAAAUAUGCAGAUACAGAUUUGUAUCUCUGCGAUACGUGUGCUAUUGAUUCGAUCGAUGAUGAAAAUAACCAGGAAAUCGAUAAAUACGACAUGGAAACGAAUUAUCCUUUCUGGGUGUUUAAUAAAACUGUUCUGCUUUGUACUGGUAAUGCUAAAAGUGAUACAUCGAGAGCAAUCAUAGCGACGUCUGCUCUAACUACUUUACUACAUAAGCGAAGACAUAUACCAUUUGAAGAAGCCAAAUCAAUCGCUCGGCAAAAGAUUACUGAAUGCAAUGCAUUUCGAUCCGAAUUAAUUUCAACUGUGGCUGAUACAAGCUUUUCAAUUUAUUCAUAUUUGGAUCUCGUUUUUCCUACUGAGCAUCACUUGAUUGAAUCGAUUACUGUCUCUAUAGGAAGGAAUUGCACUGUCGAACGUGAUCCUGAAGAGAAUAUAUUUGCUACGACUGCUGCAGAUCGAAUUGGUGAAGAUCGAAUCUAUCGAAAUCGAGUCCAAACACAAAAUCAUCGGUGCAAAAAUGAAGUAUCAUCAAGUAAUUGGAUGGAUUCAACAAUUGUCGAUAGCACCGAAAAUAUUCUCAUUGGUCAUAAUGCUGAACACUUCUUCUUUGUCUAUCUACAAAAGCUAUACGGUACAGUCGACGUAACACCAACUAAAAAUUGGCGGUCUUCAAACCGUCUCGUCGUGUAUCCGCAAUAUAGACGUAAUGUGGAUGAUUCGGUGGGUUAUGAUAUUGAAUUACAUGAUACACAGGAACACUUUGUGCAAGGAACUGGAUCAACAACUAAGACAUGUUAUUUCGAAGUUAAGGGUACAAGUGGAUCAUUUGAUAAAAUACAUACACAAUUUCAUAUUUCUCAAAAUGAAUUCGAAACAUGUCAAGCUAUUGCAAAUGAUGCUCGAAGACGAGAACAUGAAGCAUACUUCAUUGUUAUUAUAGAAAAUUGUCUCGAUUCGGAAAAAAUCGCUUUGGGAACUAUUAUCAAUUGGAGUAGCUCCUUAAAUGCGGUAAAAAGAAUGAUAAAUAGUUACCGAUGUACAGUUACUUCGCCAUCAGCAACGAAUUCAGCUCAUAACAACAAUGAAAUGACCGAAAAUGCUGCUGCUGAUCAUCAGCAAAAUCAAGGACAACGACAAUCGACGGCAUCCCGCGAUAAUAAGAGAAAUUCAAUGCCACAAGCUGCACGAUCAAAUGAUGAACCUUCGAACUCUAAUCGUAAUAACCCAUCUGCCCACAAAAAUCAACAACAACAAAACAGACAAUGUUACGGAAGAGGCCGCGGCUGGAAUCGAAAUUCUCAAUAUCCAAAUAUGAGGAAUUAAUAGUAUAUUUUUCUUUUUUUUUAUUUAGAAGAUUCGAAUCAAUGGAAAGUUAUUUUUGCAUUCUCAAUGAGAAACAUAAAACUACAAUGAUGGUAAAUCGCAUAUCCUGAAACAUAUUGCAUCGAUCGAUAAGCAGAACUUUUGACUCUAAAGAUGUCUAUAUAGCUGAAAUAUAAACUACUUAGUAGAAAAGAAGACAAAGAUGAAAUAUAUUCAUUAAUAUAGUUACGAAUGCUGAUAAGUUGCAGGCAAUUGAAACUUCAAGUAAAAAUAUUUUUCAGGUGUAGGUGGGAGUGUGGGUGUGGUGUCUGUCUAGGUUUGGCUUGAAUCAAGAGAAAAAUUACACUCAUAUCCAUGUUCUUCCUUGAGAAGGGUGUGGGUGUGGGUGGGUGUGGGGUAUGGAUGUGGGUGUGCAUGUGGAUGUGGGUGUGGAUGUGCGUGUGGGUGUGGGUGUUGGUGUGGGUGUCGGUGGGUGUGGGUGUCGGUGGGUGUGGGUGUCGGUGUGGGUGUGUUGGUGUGGGUGUGGGUGUGUGUGGGUGUCUGUGUGGGUGUGGGCGUGGGUGUGUGGGUGUGGGUGUGGGUGUGCCUUAAGAAACACUUGACACCCACACCCCACACCCUCAAAUCAAGAUUUUAUUUGGUUCAUAGUUUAGUUUUGAGUAUGUAAAGAUAAGAAAACAAUUAUCAAUCGAUUUGAACACAAUAUCUAAUCUAUCUGACUUGAACAUUUACUGUAUUUUCAUAAGCAACCUAUUUUCAAAACAUAUCUUGCAACUCAACUUACAGAUGAAGAAAUAUUCAUUUUUUUUCAACACAUGUCAAAGUCGAACAAUUUCUGGAUAAAUGAGAAUAAAAAAUGGAAAGCAAUUUUACUGCUUCAAACACGUUAGAAUAAGCUACACGCUCAUUUGUGUGUAGCGUGCGAGUGUAACUUAACUUGAGCGUUAUAAAAUAUGGACCUUUCAUUUGGUUGGCUCACUUGUGUGGACCUAUAUACCUAUAUACUUAUUUAUCUCUCUUAGGGGUCGAACAGACUAGACAAAUUAAAACUGAAUUAAGGAUUAAAUCAUCUCAAAAACAUGAUUUAAGUCUGAACAGACCAUUCACGUUCCUUAAUUAAGUUUUAGUUUGGCUAGGCUGGGUGUGGGUGUCCGCUCCCACCCAACAUCCACACCCACACCCACCCGAGUCGAUAAACUUGACGAAUAUAGACGUAACCCUAAUCUCAUUUGCAUUCAUCCCUUGAGAAAUCCUGAAUCUCGAAGGAUCUUACCAAAUUUUUUUCCAGAUGUUGCCUCAGUUUCUGAUAACUCCUGUUUCCAGGCUUUCUUCGUGCUGCUGCCCAGAUUUUUUCUAAAUGAUGAAUACAGGAUUCUCUCAGAAUUCGAUCAAGAUCUUGUAUAGGAUCCUUACAGAAACCAAAGAGAGAAUUCUCUAACAAUCUAAAAUGAUCAGACAACAUAUAAUCGGGUUCCUGGUGAAACGAUUCGAUUAACUAUUGCAGCUGAAUUUGAAAAGCAUCACAACGACAGUUCAACAGAAAGAUGACUCACUGAAUGAGACUGUUAGUCUACGUCUGGUGAACCCGCAUUCACACCCAGAACAAUAUAUUGUCUCCGGAAUCAUUCUCGGUUCAAAAGCGGUCAUCUAUUACUAAAGGUUCUGAUUGAAUCGUGUUUUGACUCGUGUCAUUGUGCUGAAAUUGCGUUGUUACACGGGUUUUUCACGAACUAUCAGUUUUCUGGACGAUUCCUGAUUAAAAAACACUAUGGUAAUCUACUCAGGAUCUUGAAAUAUCGUGAUUACACAAUUUUUCAAGAUUUCCUCGUUUCCUCAGAAAAAGAAAGCAAAUCUCUAAAGGAUUCGGAUUGUAUCUGGUAAGAAUCUGAAGCUGAAUCUCCAAGUGCUCUCGUUGAAGUAUUAAAAUUUCGGUCCCUGCCAGACUUCGGAACUUGUCACACGAAAAAAAGCGAUGCUAGUAAAAUCAUUCAAAUCUUUUUCCUAGCACCAUUUGUCUAAAUUUAUAAAAAUUUUAUCAGUGUAUUCGCUUGAUAACAACCAUUUUGUUUUUGGUAUUUUUUCAUAAGAAAAUUUUAAAAUAUUAUUAAAUUACGAGUCUAUGGACAUUUACAAUUCAAACUGAAUUUUGAAAAGAAAAGACUGACAACUUUUUCCACGAAUGGGGAUUUCGGGAUUCCAUGGAAAGAAGAUGACUCGUCAUCACAAUACAGGAGAGGUACAGCAUAACCUAAUCUACUGAAAUUGAGAAAUACAUCCAACAAUUUACAAAGAACAACCUAAAUAAGCAACGGUCACUGUUUCAACGACUCUUCUUUAGAAAGCAACACACACAUGCCGCAAGGGGCUCUACAAAAACGAAUCACAAUAAAACCAACCAUAGGACGUCACUAUCUUCAGGGUGUGGGUGUGUGGUGUGGGUGUGGGUGUGUGUGUGGGUCUGGGUGUGGUUGUGGGUGUGGGUCUGGGUCUGGGUGUGGGUGUGGGUGUGGGUGUGGGUGUGGGUGUGGGUGUGGGUGUGGGUGUGGGUGUGGGUGUGGGUGUGGGUGUGGGUGUAGGGUGUGGGGUGUGGGG